UCUUGCAUUCGUUGUGCGGGGAAGAGAGAGAUAGAUAGGGAGAGGGGGAGGCGAUUUCUAGGGUUUCGGCGAAGGUUUCAGCUCCUGCGGUAGAUGGAGGAGGCGAGGGGGGCGUACGUCCUGUGGCAGGAGGUUGUGGUGUCCAACGACAAGGGGCGGCGGGUCGUGCACUACUACCUCAAAGGCGCUGGCGGCGGGGCGGAUCUGGCGGUGGUGGGCAGGGAGAAGAGCGUGCGGCACAUGUCCUACACUGUUCCUAACCAGUUCGCUAGAUCUCUCAUGUCCAGGCCGCAUCUCAUGCCCUCUUUGCCAUCUUCGUCGUCUCCGCAGCCUCCGGGGCUCUCAUUCAAGUUGCGCUCCAGGAGGGAGGUCGUCGACUGGCUGUCUUCCCUUGUGUCAGAUCCCCUUGCUACUGCUUCUUCUAUUACCUGUGAUAGGUAUGGAGAUGCUGAUAUUUAUGAACCUGGAGAUAUGCCUGAUUUCAAGUUUCCUUCGAAGAAAACAAGACAUUGUUCAAGUGAAUUUCAAUGGUUAGGUGCCCCAUGGCAAUGCAAAAAAAGGAAAAGGCAUUACCGUUCCUUCUCGAAGAAUGGGGUUACGAUUUCAGUUCAUGACUUUGUCUUUGUAAUGGUGGAAGAGAACAAUAGGCUCGUUGCGUAUGUGGAUGAUUUAUACGAAGACUUGCAGGGUCACAAUAUGGUUGUGGUACGAUGGUUUCACAAAGUUGAUGAAGUUGGUAUUGUUUUGCCUCCCGACACUAAUGACAGAGAGAUUUUCUUUUCUCUUUGUCUUCAAGAUUUCAGUGUUGAAUGCAUUGACGGAUUGGCCGCAGUGCUAAGUGCUCAGCACUUCGAGCAGUUUCAGAAUGAGGCACGACUCAGCACUUGUAGACCGUAUAUGUGCCGUAGGCAAAUCAAUAAUGAUGGCGUCAAGCCUUUUGACAUAACGCAGCUCCAAGGAUACUGGAGCCAGGACUUAGUGCGGUCUAUGCCCAUCUUUACCUCUCCCUUUAAGUUGCGAUUGAAGAUAAAGUGUGGCAAUUCUAGUUUAUCCGUUGUCAGAAAAAGUGACAAUAAUUCUCUUGGUAGUUUGAAGAGGAUGACGCUUACGCAUCCUGAGGACCGGCAUUCUGCAGAAUCAUCUGCGAGGAAUAAGAUGAGACCUACGAGUCUUAGUGUCAGCAGCAAGUUCAGAAAGUGUGCCACCAAAACCCUUUCGGGUUCUGCUUUGAUAAGAAAAGAAUUGUUUAAACAAAAACUUCAGCAACAAUUUUGUGCCGGGUACCAUGUCGAAGUUCUUUCUCAGGACAGCGGAAUGAGGGGUUGCUGGUUUCGGUGUGUGAUCCUGAAGAGACAUGGACAUCAGGAUAAGGCGAAGGUUCGGUAUCUGGACAUUCAAGAUCCUGAUGAAAAAGGCAAUUUAGAGGAGUGGGUUUCUCUGUCCCGAGUUGCAGUGCCUGAUAAGUUCGGUGUUCGGAAUGAAAGGCCCAUCGUCCGUCCAAAUCCCGCGCAAUGCGACAUCAUCCCCAAUUUUGAGAUUGGGGCUAUUGUCGAUGCGUGGCAGCAUGAUGGCUGGUGGGAAGGCAUUAUGAUACGAAAAGAAUCCGAUGGGCGACUGCACGUGUAUUUUCCAGGAGAAGACUGUUUCUCUAUCUUCAGUGAAGGGGAGCUGAGGCAGUCGCAGGAUUGGAUCUGCAACAAAUGGAAUGUGAUACCGAAGAGAGUCGAUAUCGCAAUUUCUUUAUCGUUGCGCAUCAAGGAUCCAACUGGUGCUGAACUGACACAUUCUAAAGCACCCUCCCUAGAGCAUCUCAGCAAAGUAGUUGACAACUCACCUGCUAACACCAUCAAAUACGAGAACACGUCGAGUGGGGAUUCAUCCAGCGAUAAAGAUGCCAACAGCUCAGACCUAACUAGUGGCUUUCAGUUCAAACUGAAAUGGAGUACUUCAAGGAAGAGGAAACAUAGGAGGGAAGUAAUGCCCGACGACGUUUCCUCCCCCUUAAAGAAACAACACUGCCAGACUAGCAGCAGCGGUAGCGAGAAUUCAGAGGAGCAAGAUGCCUGUGGAGGCAGCAGCUUCGCGCUGCCUAAGUCAUUGGCUGUCGAUCGUGACAACUGCAAGACCGGAAGUGACCAUAUCUUCAAACCGCCACUCUCCAGCCUGGUCAUGUCCCAGUAAAGUUCCAUGAUUGUACAGCCUCUCGAAUCCGGAGUAGGGAUAUCGAAGACUUAAUUGGAGGUUCAAGGUGAUUGCAGUUUUCAUGCAUUGCCGUGCUCUCCCAGUAGCUCUUCUGAUGCAAAGGGGUUUUGCAGGUGAGCCCUCACGCACUCCAGCAAAUGCUUGUUGCUGCUGCUGCUUUGUAUUUAUGGUUAUUUAGGGGACAUUAACGGGGAUGAGGAAGAUGAACACUUUAAAAUGAUGGUUGUAACCCCAAAUUUUGCUUUGCUGACCCAAUUAUUUUAGAUAAACGUCCUUAUCCCGAGCAUUUAUUACACUAACUCUUGUACUAGCAUUUUAUCAAUCAAGAAGACAUUCAUUGUUGAUUGGUAACGCAGUGGGAAUUUUAAAUUUUAAUUUAUUAUUA